GUCGUCCUCCGGGGAGGUGCCGGGCACCGCAGCGGGAGAAAGCGGGGGCUCUGCCGAGCAGGAACUGCAGGUAGCGCCGCCCCGCUCUGCCAGCGCGUCCCCGCCCUCACAACACGCCGACUAGGGGGACGCGCUUCGCUGGGAGGCGGAGGCGGCCGGCGGCCCGGCCAUGUCUCAGGAGAGCUUCCCGGCCGCGACCCAGCAGAGCCCGGAGGCGGAGGACGAGCCCCGCAGUCCCCUGCCUCAUUCACUGCACAAUUUCCAGGAGGUUGGUUGCACCAGAAUGAGAGACUUCCUGGACUAUCAUCAGAGGGACUGAGUGGACCCCAUUGUGCUCAGACAGCCAGGGGUUGCCUACCCUGUGUGUCCUCCAUCAUAUGCUCCAGAAGGUGAGGGCAGCCUUACCUCCCACUUCUCUCUUUCCUGGAGUGGAUCCUGUAGGUGAAGGCCAUAGCAAGAAGAUUGCAAAACACAGAGCUGCAGAAGCUGCCUUGAAUGUUUUGAAAGGAAAUCCAAGUAUUGGUCUUUCAGUGCCAGACUCCAUAGUUCCAGAUUCUCCAAAGCAACCACAAAAUCAGACCAAUCCUAUAGGUACAUUACAGGAACUGGCUGUUCAGAAGGGAUGGAGACUUCCUGAAUAUUCACUUGCACAUGAAUCGGGGCCUCCUCACAAGCGAGAGUUUACAAUGACUUGCAGAAUAGAAACGUUUGUAGAAACUGGGACUGGGACAUCUAAGAAACUAGCAAAGCGAAAUGCUGCUGAAAGAUUACUUGCCAAAUUCCACAGGUUCCCUCCAGAUAGCAUCAAUAUUUCCUUAGGAAAUGAAAUGGGAAAUAAUUUAGGAUACACAUGGGAUGCCUUAAGGAACUCAUCCGAAGAAAAAAUUACCUUGCUGAAGAAAAGUCCACUCAGUAUUCCUAAUACAGACUAUGUCCAACUACUUGGAGAAGUUGCAGAAGAACAAGGUUUUGUUAUAACAUAUUUGAAUAUAGAGGAGCUGAGUGUGAAUGGACAGUACCAAUGUCUUGCUGAACUCUCAACCAAUCCAGUCACAGUUUGCCAUGGUACUGGGAUUUCUUGGGGCAAUGCUCACAACGACGCCGCUCACAAUGCAUUACAGUAUUUAAAGAUCAUGGCUGGAAGAAAAUAAACUUGAAAUAGAAAAAUAUCUUCUGCUAAAGAUUUAACUUAAAAGAUAUUUCCAAAGUUGGAUGUUCUCAUAUAUGUAGUUCAAAUUUAUUUUGGGCUAUUUUUAAGUCACUCCACAAAUACCAUUUUAAUUAUUCAUUACUUUGAAAUGAGUCAGUUAUCAUAAGGUUUUCAUUUUGGAUUGGUUUACAGUAUUUAGCUCUCAGUAUUGUAAAGCAGUGAGGACAUUAAAUUACUGCUUGCAUACUUACUGAAGCAUAAACACUCCCUUAUGGAAAACCUGUAGGGAGAAUUAUAAAUUUGAUACCAGAGUUAGAGAACACAACACAGACAUCAAAGAUGGUAGCUAUAGGAAGACCAGUCCUAUAGUGUGCUGAGUACCCCUAAACACCAUAGUUUUCAAAGGGCAUUGGGGAUUGUCUGUUCCUUGCAAGGGCAGGCCUUUGAAGAGCAUAUUCUGUUGCUAUUUAUAACCCAAUGGAAAUGUAUCUGAUUAUAUGCUUUAAAAGUUGGGCAUGGUGUUUUAUGAAAGUUCCCAUUUUAUUUUUACUUCAUUGAGUGAAUGGUGGCCUUUUAAACCCAUUAUCUGAGAUUGGCACUUGAAAGCAAUGUAAUGGCUACAGAAACAUUACUGCCCUCUUUUAAUAAAGAUAUCUAUAAAUGUCAUUAGCUGUUCUUUAAUAAAUUAAGGUUUACUCCUGUAA